AUGGUUAUUAAACGCAAGGAUUUUCAGAAAGCUGCUGCCUUUAUUCAUGAGUUUUUACUCAAACUCAGUGAAGAUGUGGAGUGUGCAGAGGUACGAGAUACACUCAAUUUGGCACUUUUGCAUAUGCAGAAAUAUUACAGGCUCAUACAGUCAAGAUCUCAAGAAAAAAAUGGGCAUACACUGUCCUUGACAGCUCGAGGGUUGAGCCCGAUGACCCCAUUUGUUGAUGCUCCAGACAAGUUCAUUUGGAGAUGGGUAAAUCUGGACAACACAAGAAAUAUCACAAACAUGUCUUUAGUGGACAGUGUCCACUUUGUGGUGCUUCCUCCUAUAAUUGAGGCAGCAAAAAAUGGAGAUGUGGGACUUCUGCAUGAUAUUAUACAAGAAGAUGCUAGCAGUGUAGACUGCAUUGAUGGGAUCGGCAGGACCGCUGUUAUGUAUGCAGUGCAUUUCUUUCGGCACGAAGCACUGCAGUUUCUUUUGGAGCACAGGGCUGAUGUGAAUGCCCAGGCACAUGAUGAGUCCACAGCCUUGCACAGGGCAUGUCAUGAUGCAAACCAUGUCGCCUUGAAAAUGUUGAUCGAUCAUGAUGGCAAUUUUACAAUCUGUGACGUGCAUGGGAGAGCUUCCAUCCACUGGGCGGUCACUACACAAAGCACUGAGUGCCUUCAGAUCUUGCUAGCACACGGAGCCUCUGUAGGCACCCGGGACAAGGACCUGUUGACCCCACUGAUGUGGGCCUGCCGUAUGGACAACAUUCAGCACUUUGAGCUCCUGUGCCAGGCUGACAACAUGGUGGAGGAGCACGAUGGCAUUGAGCGGGAUGCAAAUGGUAGAACGUGGAUGCAUUGGUCUGUCAGACGGAGUCAGCCCUUGGAGUGCUUACAGACACUCCUUACACCAGACAGUGCAGCCAUAAAGGACAAAGAAGGAAAAACAGUUUUGCUUGUGGCUGCAGAAAUGGGAUCGCUGCAUGCCUGCCGGGUAAUUCUGGAGAUUGCUGGAGAAAAAUGUAUUCAAGACCAGGACAAUCAAGGUCGCACUGCCCUUCACGUGGCUACCAUGGGAGGUCAUGGCGAUGUGGUCAACUUCCUGUUGGAACAAAAUGCCGAUGUGAAUGUUGUUGACAACUACAACGCCACGGCCUGGGACUACGCUCGUACCCGUAAACUGCACUACUGUCAGCUGAUCAUCAUGUCGCACCAACGGCAGAGAAUGGCCAACAAUCCCAUGAGCCCACUGCCUAAUGGUUUAGGUUUGUUCAUGAGAACAGACAGCGGAGUGCAUGAGGAUCUCAGUAAGAUGAGUUUUGGAACCAGAUCAAGCCAGUCCACUCCAGUCACAGCUCCCCAUCCGCCAAAGCGGCCGAGAUCUUCCCGAAUCCUAGUGCGGCGUGCGAAUAGCCUGACCAGCGUUGACAGUUAUAGACCUCCCCACGAGGAUCGGGAAACAACGAAUGGUUCAGAAGAUAAAUUAUUCACAAGCGGUGGGCAGCGAGAAAGAGUUCUG